AUGCUCGAUGAAGACACAUUUACCAAGCUAUGGAAACUCACAAACGAUUGGGCAGCACAACAAAAGACCAACCAUGAGUUAGCAUCUGGGCUCAACAAACAACUGGCCGAGCAAAAGCAACAACAGCAAACGGCAGAGAGUAAACAAGAGCUACAACAAACGACGACAUCGUCCUUGUUACUGAGCAGUGAUGUGAAGGAUCUUGACCAGGCUACUGCUGAGCUGUUGGCUAAUUACAAAGAACUAUCGGAACGACACAAUGCGGUGAUGGAGCGUAAUCAGGCAUUACAGCAUGAAUGCAACGAUUUACAGGAUAUUGUAAAGUCCUAUGAGGAGAAUCUACAAGUGAUCACUGCUAAACUUCGAUCCCACACGGUAUCUGCUGCUGAAGGACAUGUCCAACUGAGACGAGAAUAUGAAGCAUUGCUGGAUGCUGAAAAGGGAACAACAGCAGAACUUUUAUUGGAAAACAUGACAUUAAGACAUCAAUUGCAUCAUUUGGCUGCCAAGAUACGCAAAGCUUAUGCCGACCAAGAAGAUAUGGAUCACACAUCAACGACAAAGUUGGCCGAGUUGGAAGCAGAAAAUCGGGCCUUGAGAGAAAUGUUACAACUCACACCAUCAUCCAUGGCACCUGAUAUUAUACAACAACCUAUCCACAAUCAAACGUCCGCCCAACAACUGAGAUCGACUAUGAAUAGUAAUAGUAGCAGUACUAGUAGUGGCGUAGUAGAAGAAUACUUUGAAGAGUAA